AUGAUUGGUGCUCUCAAUCAUUCUAUUCUUUCCAUGGUUACAUCUUCUUCAUUCUCAAUCACCAUGACAUGGUUAUCAUUGGCUAGCUCAACUGCAAUGUUUAACAAGCCAUCUCAAGUUGUGAUGCUUCAACUCACGAAUGAAAAAUUGUACAGACUUACCAAGAAACAGUUUGCUCAAAUUUUGAAACUUACAAAUACAGGAUUUGAUUUCGAAGAUGAUUUCCUCUCUUUAAUCGAAUAUCAUGGUUUAACUUACUCCUCCACUUAUGUUGGUUAUACUGAUGCCAAUGAGUGCCCUACCUGUAAAACAAGUAGUGCAAUGGGGAGAUAA